AGCACCCCUCACAAGGAGAGGCUUUUUUUUACUUCAUGAUAACAGCUCCAAGUGACUACAUUAUUUCUCUCUCUCUCUCUCUCUCUCUAACCAACGGGGCGGGAGUUUAAGGAGCUGUCAUAUGUGUGUGCUGCCCUAUACUAGGCCUCCCUACUUACUUGCAAGCUAGGAGAGGGAGCGAGAGAAAAAAAAACUUUGUAAACUCUGGCCAGCUGCUGUUCUACAUAAUAACACCAGUAUAGGUCCAGCCCAGUAAGCUGCGUCACUGUAUACCAAGAAAUCAACUGGGGAGACUGGAGUGAGCCUGGGAACAGACCCUCUGCUUGAAACAAUACCUCCUGCAAGGGAAAGGAGCUCACUCAUUGCUGCAGUGGAAGUGGCUGCUGAAAAGGGAUACAAUAGUGUAAGGCAGUGACUAACAAGCCAGGCAGCAUGGAGCUCCUGUGCUGUGAGAUGGACACUGUCCCUAGGGCUCAGACUGACCCCACUCUGCUGUUUGAUGACCGUGUCCUUCACAAUUUGCUCACCGUUGAGGAGAGGUAUCUGCCCCAGUGCUCCUACUUCAAAUGUGUGCAGAAGGACAUCCAACCCUUCAUGAGGAGGAUGGUAGCCACAUGGAUGUUAGAGGUUUGUGAAGAGCAGAAGUGCGAGGAAGAGGUUUUCCCUUUGGCAAUGAAUUAUUUGGAUAGAUUUUUAGCUGUCAUACCAACUCGAAAAUCCCAUUUACAGCUUCUUGGUGCUGUCUGCAUGUUUCUUGCAUCAAAACUCAAAGAAACCAUCCCUUUAACAGCAGAAAAACUUUGCAUAUAUACUGACAAUUCAAUUAAACCCCAGGAGCUGCUGGAGUGGGAGCUGGUGGUGUUAGGAAAAUUGAAGUGGAAUCUCGCAGCCGUGACCCCACAUGAUUUUAUCGAACAUAUAUUGAGAAAGCUUCCACUGCCUCAAGACAAGUUACUUUUGGUCCGGAAACACGCACAGACAUUUAUUGCACUUUGUGCUACAGACUUUAACUUUGCCAUGUAUCCACCAUCAAUGAUUGCUACGGGAAGUGUAGGAGCAGCAAUCUGUGGCUUGCAGUUGGACGAUGGAGAAAGCUCACUGUCUGGUGAUAAUCUCACAGAACAUUUGGCCAAGAUCACUAACACAGAUGUGGAUUGCCUUAAAGCUUGUCAAGAACAGAUCGAAUCUGUGUUGGUGAGCAGCCUUAGACAAAGCAGACAGCAGAAUCAGCAAGGGAACACAUCCAAAACAGUGGAUGAGCUGGACCAGGCCAGCACUCCCACAGACGUGAGAGACAUCAACCUGUGAGGAGUUGCACACCGAAAAGAGUCUUUCUUGUUCUCUAUUUUUGGAACAAAGCCUUUUAUAUCUGCUCCCACUUAGAAAAGAAAUAUUUAAAGCUAUUUUCAAUACGAAAAAAAAAAAAAAACCUGUAAUAUUAAGUGUUUGGUGCCUGUGAUGUCCUUUAGAAGGGAAUCCCACAACAUUUGAUAAUUGCUGUUCUAUUAUAUAUUGUUAAAAUUAAGUGCUUACCCAAGCAUAAAACCUAGCUAGACCGUUGUAAACCCACGUUUUGUGGGAGCAAACUUUAGGUAUAUACGUUUUUUACAUUUAUGAUGUAGUUGCAUGCACACCCUCAUUAGAUUUCAGAAAGGACAUGGGGUGUGUGUGCGUUUUUAUGGUUUCAUUUUUAGAUUGCAAAGCAAUGAAUUCUAGAGGGCAAUGUAAGGAUAGAUCCCUAAAGUGACCGAACCAUGUUUGGGUGGAGACGAUUAUUUGGGAUCUGUUAUAAUUUUUAUAAUUUUUAUUUAGAGAGAGGUGCUUUAUGGAUCUCUUGUUUUAGUUCUGUUUACUCUUGCUGUCUAUGGUAGCUGCUACCGAAGAAAGAUGUUGCUUUAUUUUUGCGAGCCUAAGGCAGGAUAUUUUUUUUCCUAAUUUUAUUUAAUCCCCACCCCUCAUAUCCUCCAUCUAAUUUUAUUUUAUUUUAUUCCCUAUUUUACUUAAAAAUAUGUAUCUAUUUUUAGGCGAUCCUGCUUAAUAAACUGUGGACCAACCCAAAAUAAUGAUUGUACAUUGGAUAGGCUCUUAACAAAAAAAGAGUGUAUAAUCCUAAAUGUGCAGUCAAAAACAUUUAAUGAAGAGUUAGCCUCCCACCCCAAGAAUAAUUACAGAGAGGCUGUUUACUCUUAGCCCAUUAGUAUUUUUUGUGUUGCGUGUGGUCUACAGUUAGCAUUAUUGUAAACCAUUUCAUUCGAAAAAAGCACUUUGAAAAUUGUUCCUAAGGGAUAAAUGGAAUGGUUUAUGAAAAACAUGCUGAGCAAAUCACAUAUAUAGCUUUUUUUUUUUAUCUAAAUUAACCCCUCC